UGCGGAACUUCAAGGCCUGGUUCCUCCCCACCAUGUACUCAGUCAUCUGCUUCGUGGGCCUGCUGGGCAACGGGCUGGUGGUGUUGACCUACAUCUAUUUCAAGAGGCUCAAGACCAUGACAGAUACCUAUCUCCUGAACCUGGCCAUGGCGGAUAUCCUCUUCCUCCUGACCCUGCCCUUCUGGGCCUACAGCGCGGCCAAGUCCUGGGACUUCGGCAUCCACUUCUGCAAGUUCAUCUUCGGCCUGUACAAGAUCAGCUUCUUCAGCGGCAUGCUCCUCCUCCUUUGCAUCAGCAUCGACCGCUACGUCGCCAUCGUGCGGGCUGUCACCGCCCACCGCCACCGAGCCCGCGUCCUGCUCAUCAGCAAGCUCUCCUGUGUGGCCAUCUGGAUGCUGGCUGUGGUCCUCUCCGUCCCCGAGCUGCUGUACAGCGGCAUCCAGAGGAGCAGCAGCGAGCAGACCCUGCGCUGCUCGCUCACCCCGGAGCACGUGGAGGCCUUGAUCACCAUCCAGGUGGCCCAGAUGGUGGUAGGCUUCCUGAUCCCCCUCCUGGCCAUGAGCUUCUGCUACCUUGUCAUUAUCCGCACCCUGCUCCAGGCUCGCAACUUCGAGCGCAACAAGGCCAUCAAGGUGAUCAUCUCCGUGGUCAUGGUCUUCCUCGUCUUCCAGCUACCCUACAACGGGGUGAUCCUGGCCCAGACGGUGGCCAACUUCAACGUCACCAGCUGCGAGCUCAGCAAGCAGCUCAACAUCGCUUACGACGUCACCUACAGCCUGGCCUGCGUCCGCUGCUGCGUCAACCCCUUCUUGUACGCCUUCAUCGGCGUCAAGUUCCGCAGCGACCUCUUCAAACUCUUCAAGGACUUGGGAUGCCUCAGCCAGGAGCGGCUCCGGCAGUGGUCUUCCUGCCGGCACACCCGGCGUUCCUCCAUGAGCGGGGACGUGGAGACCACCACCACCUUCUCCCCGUAG